GUGAAUAGGAUGCGUGUGAAUUUUUGACUCCAGCGUCUUAUCAAAAGCGUCUCCCUUUCUUUGAGUCCUUCCUUUAUAUUCUCGCGACCUUCUCUGGAGAACACUCGCUUCUUUCUCCUUCCCGCAUCCUCUGAGAGGCCUUUGAGCAGAACACUCCCUGAAACGACUGCCAUCAUGCUCUUCUCUUCUUUCCUUCUUGGGCUCACGCUCACCAAGUUCGGCAUAGCUGGCUAUGUACUGGAAGACGACUACAGCCCCUCGAACUUUUUUGACAAGUUCGACUUUUUUACCGCACGGGACCCGACACAUGGAUUUGUCCAAUAUGUCGACAAGGGUACCGCCCAGGGGUCCGGACUGAUCAAGACCUCAUCAGACUCCAUUUAUAUGGGUGUCGAUACGGAGAAUGAGACUCCCAAUGGACGGCCAAGCGUGCGGAUAACGAGCAAGAAGGCGUAUAACUCCGGACUCGUUAUCCUCGAUCUAUCGCACAUGCCCGGAAGCGUCUGCGGAACUUGGCCUGCGUUCUGGAUGGUGGGACCGGACUGGCCUCACGGCGGAGAGAUCGACAUCAUCGAAGGCGUCAAUGCCCAGCAAUCCAAUUCCAUGGCCCUACACACUGCCCCCGGCUGCACCAUCAAUCCCAGCACUGUCAACCGCGCUUUCACUGGCCAAAUCCACACUCCCAACUGCGACGUCAAAGCCCAAGGCCAAUCCGCCAACGAAGGUUGCUCCAUCAGGGCCCCGGAGAAUCACCAAGCCACCUACGGCGACGACUUCAACGCCGCCGACGGCGGAGUCUACGCUACGGAAUGGACCGAAGACUACAUCGGCAUCUGGCACUUUCAGCGCAACGCCAUCCCCGAAGAUAUCAACAGCGGCACCCCGGACCCAACGAAAUGGGGUCGCCCGAUCGCCCUCUUCCACGGCGGCUGCGACUUCUCCAAGGCGUUCCAGGAGCAGCGGAUCGUCUUCGACACCACCUUCUGCGGGGACUGGGCGGGGAACGUCUUCUCGAGCGACUCCACGUGCGCAGCGAAGGGGAAUUCGUGCAACGCGUUUGUUCGGGAUAAUCCGAGCGCGUUUACGGAGUCGUUCUGGCGGGUGCGGUCGCUGAAGGUCUACCAGCAAGAUACCCAUGACGGGUUUAUCGGACUUUCACCAAGUGAGCCGUUAAGCAGCAGUCAGAGCAUCAGUCAGAGCAGCAGAAGCAGCAGCAGCAGUGUGGGAAGCAGUGUGAGCAGUGGCAACAGCUCAUCCCCUGUGACAGCCACGACAUUCGUGACGUUCACACGGCCGGCGAGUGUACCGCAGUCGCCGUCUAAGGCUCCGCCUGGUUCCGAUUCGGCUCCUGCAAUCGUCACCAAGACGGAAAUUCGGACUGUCUACGGCCCCCCUCCCACGGAAGUUGUCCCGCUCGAAGAGGAGAGGACGACCGUCACACAGAUGGUAACCGUAUAUUUGAAAAGCACUGGAUCGUCUUCAUGAGGCGUUCUGGUGUUUGCGGCAAUAGACUCCUUCGACGGAUUAUGAUCGGCGUCUCCCUGGUUUGGGAGUCAUGGAAUGUCGACUCAGGCAUUCAUUCCUUCAUCAACAUCGCCACCCCCCGGAUCUUCCACGUUGCCAAUCUCCUCUAAUGACUCC